AUGCCUUCGACACCGCUCUCACUACUAUCUGUCGCCGCCCUAAUCCCUUUCUCUCUCGCAGGGACCAGCUACAGUCUAGUCAAAGAAUAUGCUGGGUCAACGUUUUUUGACGAAUGGGACUUCUAUGGACAUUUUGACAAUCUAACUAACGGAGAUACCAUAUUCGUGACGAAAGACGUCGCAACCUCGUCAAGGCUCGCAUAUGUUGACCCCUCGACUAAUCGUGCGAUCAUCAAAGUCGACAACACAUCCACUGUCCUCUUCAAUGACAAGCGCAACACGGUCAGAAUCUCCAGCAAGGACGAGUUCGAAGUUGGAAGUGUUUGGGUUGCGGAUAUGUAUCAUGUGCCUUUUGGUUGUUCUGUCUGGCCUGCUUUUUGGUCGCAAGCACCCAACUGGCCGAUUGGUGGGGAGAUCGAUACAUUCGAGCACUGGAACAGCGAACUUCACAACCAAAUGACGCUCCACACAGAGCCAGGUUGUAAUCAAAUCUCGCCAGUCCAAACAUCAACAGUGGUAAACUCGACUGACUGCUCGCAUCUCGACAACUCGAAUGCUGGAUGCAGUGUCAUGGAUCCCAACGACUCGAGCUAUGGCGCCAAAUUUGCAGCAGCCCAGGGUGGUAUAUUCGUGACUGAAUAUGCUGAAUCCGGAAUUUCAGUCUGGUUUUUCAGCCGCGCAAGUGUACCUAAAUCAUUCUCUUCCAACGCUUCUUCUUUCUCUACCAGUGACCUCGGGACUCCCGUGGCAAAUUGGCCCACGGGCGGCUGUGCCGUCGAUACAUUUUUCAAGUCGCAGAACCUUAUUUUUGACAUCACUCUGUGUGGAGACGCGGCUGGAGCGCCUGCUGUCUUUGCACAAACCUGUCCAGGAACAUGCUAUACGGACUAUGUCGUUGGAAAUGGCAGCGUAUACAACAAUGCUUAUUUUGACGUUGCUUCGGUGCGCGUCUACAGCGUGAAUGGGACCACCACCAUUGCCAGGAAAAAUGAUGCUUCGGCUCUGCAAGUUUCGAUAUGGCGGGUUGUCUUCCUGCUGGCAGGGAUGUCAUACUGGCUUUCGAUGGACUGA